CCCAGUCCCACCGCCUGCGGGUGCUGGAGCGACUGCUUCACCCUCUUCAACAGGAGGGACCCAAUCCGGGAGAGCCAGAGAGAGGAGGAGCAGCUCCAACAGGUUCAGGGAGGGAGGAGAGAGAUGGACCUGAAGGAGAAGACAAAAAAGCAGAAGAAAAAGGGAAAGAAGCAGAGGAAGCAGGACGAGAAGAGGAAUCUGCAGAGUGCCAGAGAGAGCCAUGAUGAGGUGGUGACGGGAAUGGAGCAGAUGAAACGAGAGAAUCACAUCAGAAGUUUGGAAGAAAACAUAAAACAGCAAGAGAUGGAGAUUCUGAGAUUCCGGGAGAGAGAAGAAAAGCUAAAAGAAAAGCUGGAGAGAAUGAAAGAGAAAAUAGCCAGGAAAGAGCGGAAGACUCUCAAAAUUAUACAGAGAGAUGAGAAGCUGAAGAGAGAGCUGCAGGCGAUGAAAGAGAGGCUGGCACAGAAAGACAGACAGAGCGAGGAAGAAAGGAAGGUCACCAACCUAAAAACAGUGGAAAUGACAAUCACUGUAAGUAUGAAAGAAGAAGUUAAGAUGGACGGAGAAAUAGAAAAGCAGGAAGAGAAAGAACAACAGAAAGAGAGUGUGAGGGAUGAGAGCGACACUGUCCCUCAGGAAGCCGGCCCACAGCCUCAGGCCGUCACUGAGUCUAAAUCAGAAGAUCAGGUUUCAGAGGCUCAGACUCAGGUCCAGGCUGAUGGGUCAGAGAGUAGAAAGGCAGCUGAGGAGAAGAUGAAGUGGACCGGCCAUGACAGCGGGGAAGCAGUGAGCAUUGAGGUGGAGAACCUUCAGGUGGAGCCUGCAGCACGGAGCUCGUCUGGAAGCUGGAUGUUGCAGAGUGUGCUGUCCUCAGUUCGCUCCUUCGUUCAGCGCCUGAGAUCCCAUUUCUCAGCUGUGCAAGUUCAAGCUGAGAAGGAAGAGGAGCAUGAGGAAGUUUCUCCAUCACGUCCAUUGAUUCCGCUCGGAGCGCCGACAGGGGUCCUGACUGUACACCUGAAGGCCUGCAGAGACUUCAGGAAAUCUGCUCUUUUGAAGAAAGGCACUUGGGCUACUGUGAGGGUCACUAUUGGGAGAAUGGUGAAGUACACAGAGCAGCAGCCCUAUAAUAACCCCACGUGCUUCAACGAGUGGAAACACUUUUCCGUACAGGUCAGUAUUACUUAUCAAUGA